CAACAUGUUUAAAUAAUAAAAUUGCAUGGACUUCCACCUUCUGAAUUUCUUGCAAUUUGCUUCUCUCAUUUUCUCAACCUUCAAAUUCAUUUCAAGAUGAGGCCCGUCACCUCCACGAAACGCCUUAUUCGGGUCGUCUGGGCCUACAUCAAAUCAGCAUGCCGUGCCAUCAAGACCGCCAUUUUAAUGUUGCUCCCUUUCUACGGCCUCACAUUGAUAGGUGGCUUCUAUCAAGGUGUCAUAAUAGCCCAAUGGUAUUCAGAGUCUAAACAACAAAACGCCCGCUUCCUCCUAAAAAAUGUCCUAGAGUACAAAAUCACGGAGUAUUUCGACGAGCCUUACGAUAGUUGGUCCAAUGUCGCACCUGUAUAUCAUGUGCCACAAAUCAUCAACCCUCUCAAAUGGAGAGAUCAGCUAGGACUCAAGAGACCUGCAGUUUCAGGCGCAGGAGACGAGGAAGCGCUGGCAAAUUUGAUGCAUUUAUCCCUAAGAACACGCCCUUAUUCGAAGACGCAACAGUGGCAUCGCUGGAUUUAUCUAUCGGCACAGCAAGAGCCUUGGAGACAGCCCGAUGGUCCGAUCCUGCAUGAUCCUUGGGACAAAGCAUUCGUUGAACUCUUGGAGUACAAGGACAAGCAUGACACCAUGGGGCGAUCAAACUUCUUUUAUAUCUCAUGCCCUAAGAGCUUCCUCUGCGGGUCCUGGCGUGUUGCUGCUCCGGCACUGCUGCACUUCACCACCGAGGGGAACAGCAGUCAAUCGUCUAGUAACUCACCCGGUCUGCCGAAUUACACACCUGUAAAUACCCGAGUGUUCGAACUACCCCUUGGCAAAGCAGCCAUACCCGGCGUCUUCCCAAGCCACUUUGAACAGAUGAGAUCUCUCACAGCAAGCAACUCAACCUUCUGGGAAACCCAAUGUACAUAUUCACACUUACAUCAAGUCAUAGGCCAAACAAGCCCAGUGCUGAGGGAUGCAGUAAAGGCAUAUCCAUGGACCUAUGGCUUGCUGGUCAAGGCGGAACAUAAAUGGCUUCGCUUAUGGGGAAUUGAAGAUACAGCCUUGCGGGGAUAUAUCUUGUUACUUUCUUUUUCAUUAUCUACAUUCCCAACGUUCCUUUACAAGUUUACUCCUACAAAUUGGGCUAGCCCGGGUCCCGGGCCUGAGCAUAAGAGCAAAGAUCCAUUAGCGCGAACGCUACAGAGCAUGGUGGAUAUGCUAAGUGCGGAGGAAAAAGAGAGGUUCAGAAAGACAGAUCGUGGGGGGAGAAUAUUAGGAUUGGCGGAGAAGGGCCUUGAAAAGGAAUAUUGGAAUACUAGGAAAGAUGUUCUCGAGGAUGUUGCCAAUGCCUUGGGACUUGUCUAAGAGCUCAAUAGUACGGCGUAGGUUAGGGCUAAAUAAAGGUAGGGAGUUUGAGGGUCGGUUACAGAACAUAUAAUCACACUUCUUUAGCGAAUCAGAAUACAUAAACGAUACUGAAAGAGUAAAGAAGUCUAUCAAUUGCUACUCUUGCUCCAAUAGGUUAAGUGUCUCGCGUUCCCUUUUCAGAUGUUGUGAUGAGAAGACCCACAUAACGCUAUCGCUAU